AUGACAAAACCAAUAAUAUCCUUUAAACCAAGUUACAAUUCUGUAAUACGAGGUUGUCCUGGAUUGCCAGAUACACUUCCCCGCAUAGAAUAUGAAUUAAGAAUCAGAUCUAAUGAUGGUAAAGAGUUCAAAAUAGAAAGAAUUGAAGUUAUAUUUAAAACUAUAGAAGCUCUGCAUGCUACUCAUACGUUUAGUUCAAAACCUAAGGUUGAGAAAACUUCUAUUCAUUAUAAGAAAAAUAUAAAAUUAUCUGACAGUGUUCUUUUGGGUAUCGAUCUUCCUUUAACAAUUGGUUUACCUGAUCAAAUAAAAGAGACUAAUUUCAAUCCAAAUUUUGGUUACACCGUGAAUUUUCUAGAUUGCAACGUGUAUUACUAUGUAGGCGAUGCAUCAGAAUUGUUAGUAGAAAGUUAUUCAGAACCCAUAAAUAUAGAAAGAUAUACAUAUUUGCCUUCUAAACAAUUGUUUCCCUCAAUCAAGAAAAAAUUUCACUCUCCAGAUAAGAAGUUUUCAGUGGAUCUUUCAAUUGAAAAUCCUUGCGUUACGACUGAUGAUUUAUUAAAAACAAAAAUAUCUAUCAAACAGUCAUCGUCAAGUUACCCAAUCUCACCACAAAAGGGACUUUUUAAUAAAAAAACAAAGCUUAAAAGUGUUUCCUAUGAAAUAAAAGAACAACUAGAAGUAUUAGACGCUGAUAAUGUUGAUUCAAAGGAUAAUACAAUUAUGCAUUUCUCUCAAGCGGUAAACGAAACUCUAUCAUUUAAUGAAAUCAAAUUAAAAGCUAAUUUAAGAGUUCUUACAAAAAACGAAUAUUUUAAAGAAUUUGAAACAACAAUGCAAGAGCCUGCAUUUUUAUACAAGAUACCAGACGAUAUUAAAAUAGAUAAUACGAUUAAUUCAAAUUCUAUGAUGGAAACUAAAUUAAUUCAAAACAGUACAGGAGACAAAAUUCCAUUUCAAUACCAUACAUCAAUAAGUACUAAUGGUAGCUUAUUUUCGGUAAAUCAUAUUCUUCGAAUAAAAUUCAAAAUAAGUAAUGGUAGAGAUUUUGAGAUCCACUACCCAAUUACCAUAUCCCAAUGGUCUAUAACACAAGUGAGAUACGUAGAGGAAAUAAUCAACCAAGAAAGGGAAACUGCAGGGUUCGCACAACAAUUUUACGAAAGUUAUGGUGGAAUCAAGAGAAAUAAAAAUACAAGACUACUAGAGUACCCUUCGUUACCUCCUGCUGUUUACCUUAAUAACGAGGACACCUUACAAAAACUCAACAUCUUGUUUAACAUAGAACAUAAAAAGCCAUUACGUAUUCCAUUAAUUGGUUAA